CCGCCCGCCCUACCACAGCUAAAUGGUUUUCGUCCUUGGGGUGCUCUGUCCUGCGGAAAGGAAUCCGUGUCCAUCUGUCCCAGCUCUGCCCGCCCGCCUCGCAUCUACCCUUCUCUUCUGACUCCGCCCCACAUCUGUCCGGAACCGCCUCCCGCUGAAGCUGACCCAGUGCGCGUCCGCCAGUCAGUCCCUCCGGACCUGCCGCGAGUCUCAGACUGCCGAAAUUACCGCGCGUCACUCGCCUCAACAGUGAUUCUGAAACUGCUUUUAGCUUCCUUCGCCUUGGCUUUCUUCUUUUUGUGAACAGCUGCUUGGCCCAUAGCUUAGAGAAAUCAGCCUUUUUUUCUCUCCCGCGAAAGCCUCCUUCCUGUGCUUAGAAAGAUGGGGAGUGGAGAGCCUAAUCCUGCUGGCAAGAAAAAGAAGUACCUCAAGGCUGCCCUGUACGUGGGUGACUUGGACCCAGAUGUUACUGAGGACAUGUUAUAUAAAAAGUUCAGGCCUGCUGGCCCUCUGCGCUUCACCAGAAUCUGCCGUGACCCUGUGACCCGCAGCCCCCUGGGCUAUGGCUAUGUUAACUUCCGCUUUCCUGCAGAUGCUGAGUGGGCCCUGAAUACCAUGAAUUUUGAUUUGAUUAAUGGCAAACCUUUCCGCCUCAUGUGGUCUCAGCCAGAUGACCGCUUAAGAAAGUCUGGAGUUGGAAAUAUAUUCAUCAAAAACCUGGACAAAUCCAUAGAUAAUAGGGCCCUUUUUUAUUUAUUUUCUGCUUUUGGGAACAUUCUCUCCUGCAAAGUCGUAUGUGAUGACAAUGGCUCUAAGGGUUAUGCCUAUGUGCACUUUGACAGCCUGGCCGCUGCCAAUAGAGCCAUCUGGCAUAUGAAUGGGGUGCGGCUCAACAACCGCCAGGUGUAUGUUGGUAGAUUCAAAUUCCCAGAAGAGAGGGCAGCUGAAGUCAGAACCAAGGAUAGAGCAACUUUCACUAAUGUUUUUGUUAAAAACUUCGGAGAUGACAUGGAUGAUGAAAAACUGAAGGAAAUCUUUAGUGGAUAUGGGCCAACUGAGAGUGUUAAGGUAAUAAGAGAUGCUAGUGGGAAAUCUAAGGGCUUUGGAUUUGUGAGGUAUGAGACGCACGAGGCUGCCCAAAAGGCUGUGUUAGACCUGCAUGGAAAGUCCAUCAAUGGGAAAGUUCUGUACGUAGGGCGAGCACAGAAGAAAAUUGAACGAUUGGCUGAGUUAAGACGAAGAUUUGAACGGCUGAGAUUAAAAGAAAAAAGUCGGCCUCCGGGGGUGCCUAUCUAUAUUAAGAACCUGGAUGAGACCAUCGAUGAUGAAAAACUGAAGGAAGAAUUUUCUUCCUUUGGAUCAAUUAGCCGGGCCAAAGUGAUGGUGGAAGUAGGGCAAGGCAAAGGGUUUGGUGUUGUCUGCUUCUCCUCUUUUGAAGAUGCUACCAAAGCAGUGGAUGAGAUGAAUGGUCGCACAGUGGGCUCCAAGCCCCUGCAUGUCACCCUGGGCCAGGCCAGGCGCAGGUGGUGAGAAUAAGAAUGCUCAAUUUGGUGCAGCCUUUAGCUGGUGCCUACUUAGUUUGGGCUACUUUGUGAUGAGGUUAUUUUAUGCCAGGCUUUCUUUUCUUUUCUUUUCUUUUCUUUUCUUUUCUUUCUUUCUUUCUUUCUUUCUUUCUUUCUUUCUUUCUUUCUGAAGUAAAUACUUUCUUUUGAAAAAAUAAGUAAAACUAGAAAACCUUGUUCAUUUUAGUGAAGAAUAUAAUUUCUAAUUGUAAAACUGUCAUUUUGUACCAUUUUUUGAUAAAAUAUCCUUAGGGUAUAUAGAAUAAACUUUGUCCCUCCACAUAUUGUUUUCAUUAUUAUUAUUAUUUACCUAAACCAGUCAAGGUGAGGUACUUGAGUAUAUUUACUUCCUUAUUGCAAUUAUACUGCUAAAUGUAAUUUCUUCUAUGAAAAUAUUCUCAAAAUGGCCAUUAUUUCUGAAUCUAUCACACAGAAAAGUUCUAACUUGCUUUUUGAGAAAUCAGUAAAGCAGGGGAAAAUGUAUAUGAUCCGAUGAACAUUUGUGCAUAAUUUUACUUUAUUAUUUAAAAUGGAUAUUAUUUUCAAAAGAUCUGAGUUUUCUUUAUUUCGUUAUACAUUUUUCCCCUUUUUAAUGUAUUGUGGGCAUAUCAGAGAGUUGACAGUGGCUUUGACUAAGUAUUGGGAAUUGUAUUCAACUUCAUGCCCAGAAAUAAACCUAUUAGUGUUUUCUCAAUUAGUAUAUUAGAAAAUUAACACUUUAAGCAUUAUUAAAAUGAUGAAUUUUAUCUUAAAAAUCUUUCCUGAGAGAGUUGAUAUAUGAGUACAGUCUAAGCAGCAUUCUUGCCACUCAUUUUUUAAAACUCCUUAGUACACAUGGGUCAUGUUAAGUUAACAAAAAAGGUAAAUAACUGCACUGAAUUGCCUUUACCUAUAGAAAAUUUAAAAAUUUUUACUUCAGCGUCUAUAAAGUGUCAAUAAAAAGGGUAAAUAAUCCAUAUAAUGAUGUUGAAAAAUUACUUUGAAGGACAUCUUUUAUUAAACUUGUCGUUAUCUCUUGUAAAUUUUUGAAUACAUCCAUGUGAUAAUAUUCACAGAUGUAUCAAAGCCUCCAUCUGUUAUAUGAGAGCUAUUAAUCCAGUAUGGUUCUCUUUAUGUCUGGCUGCUUCGAAGUUGUGACAAGAUGUCCUGUUCUAUAUUGCAGUUACAUUAUUUAUCCUGUAAUUUCUAGAUUGCAGAUUUUUAGUAUUUUACUUGUAGUCUCCUCUUUUCUCCACCCAUCUACCUUCCAUCCAUAUUACACUUACUUUUAUGUUUUCUUUAGAUUGCCUUUCAUUUAAUAUGUGAGUGUUCAAAUCAUUUUGGAAGUAGAGAAAUAAUUACUUAAUUUAUGUAAAAUUAAAAAAAAUCCUUUUUAAAAAUAGGGUUUAUUCACAUCAUAUAUCCAACCAUAAAAAAUGUGUUGUCUCUAUUCUUAAUUGGCUUUUAUUAUGUUAACUACAAAUUUUAGGUUACAUGCAUAACACAACAUAGAUAUAUAAUUUUGUUAACACUUGUUAGCUAUUUUCCCAUAAAACAAAGAGAAAGAACUUUCUCUGUGUAAUUGUUUAUCUACAAAUUACAUGUAUAUUCAUUAUCAAAUAUUUUCAAAUGGAAAUCACUGUUUUUAUUGAUAAUAUACAUAAUACAUGCUCAUUGUUUAAAAAAUGUACACAAUGCAGGCGUUUAUAAAGAAUUAAUUAUAAAGAAUUAAAUUCCCACAGUUCAGAGAUAACCACUAUUAAUGAUUUCAUUGCAUACAUAUACUUUUUUCCUAUGUAAACACACUCUUUUACAAUCAACAAAAAAAUACUAUAUGUACUAUUUUGUGUUUCUUUAAAUUUUAAGCUAAAAAAUAUCAAUCUGUAUCAUCAUUUUAGUGACUGCAUAGUAUUCCAUUGCGUGCAUGUACUAUAGCUUAUCUAAGUAACGCAUUGAAUAAUACUUACAUGUUUUCCAGUGUUUUCUACAUUUGUAAACAACCUUGUGAUGAACUCCCUUGCUUAAAACAGUAUGAGUUAUAUGAACUUGAGGAAAAGUAUCUAUACCAUGUAAAAGCUUAGGUCUGCUAAAAAUUAGAAUGCACAUUAUAUUGAUAUAUGUAUCAAAAUUCUGAAAAACAUUCAAGAUAUAUUCUUUACUUAAAUUGACAAAAGUAAAACUAAAAACUAAUGGGAUAUAAUUUUCAUAUUUUAUGAGCCCACUGCUUUACAUAAUUGUGACCAUUAAAAUAUAUGAAAACAGUGCAACCUGAAAUAAAUUUAAAAUAUCUACAUUGGUAAUUACUUACUAUAUGCACUCUCUAUUCCUUUUUACCAAUUACCAGUUUUUAUUUGAAUUUAUAAACUUGAAGUGUUAGUGUUAACCAGAACCUUUACAAAUGCUUUGAAUCAGUAUAAAUCAUGCAAGAUUUCUAGAAGGUAAAAAUCUUCAAGUAUAAAAGCAUUUAAUACAUUUGAGGAAAUUAUUUAAGUAUUUAAAUAAUUAUUAUUUUUAAAAAGUUAGCCAUUACAAAUAAAGGAAUAAUUAAAAUAUGCCCAAGUACAGAUAAAUUAUAUGUUAGGACACUGCAAAGCAGUAAAAAACAAAACAAAACAAAACAAACCUCUGUAAAUUCAGUUGGUAAAAAGAAAGGGAAAAUUAUAAAGGAAAGAUCAUCUCUAUUUGAACACAAACACCUGGGUAAUUUUUCAAUCUUGUACUUUUCAUUUUUAACUACAUUUAAUAGACUUAUAAUUAAGGUUUUCAAGGGGGAGCAAAACAACUGAACAGCUUAAAUUUGUGAAAAAAAAACAGUAAAAAUAGGAUAUUGUUCAUUUCCUAGCGCAAGAUAAUUAGUAAAUUAGUAAAACUAUACUGUCAAUUGUCAUGGUAAACUUAAGAAUGGACUAUUUAAUACAAGUUUUGUUUGUUUCCCCCAGCCUUUUUCAGCUUUUCAAAACAGUCACUGUACAAACUUCAAAUGUGCCCAGGAGAAGAAAAUUAAGAACAUUGCUUUGUGAUUGUAAACCAUCAUAUUAAAAGUUAUUCUGGUGAGACUAUUCUGUACAAAAAACUUCUUCAUAUACUGUUGCCUUUCUGGUUGUAUCUAUGAUUAAGGGGACAAACAAAAUGUUACAUGUUAAAUGAUAUUUUCAGUACAGGGGAAAAUGUAAGAAUACUAUGUGUUUAAGGGAAUAUUUAGGAAUGGUGUGAAUGCCAUCCUACCUAUAAAUAAAUGGCUUUAUUUAAGGAAAUAGUUUAAAAUGCAUCAGUAAAUUACUGAACAUAGAUGAUAUAUGUGUUCCCAGCAUCUACGUUAAUACCUGGAAUAUAGUUAGCAUUCCAUGGUUGCUUGUUGAAUUAUCCCUCAAUUUGUUUGUUUUUCAAUUGUCUCCUCAGUAUUUCACAGGAGAAAUGAGUUAUUACAGAAUACGCCAUUUUUUAUCAAAUUUCAUCCCAUAAAGAAAUAAUUGAGAGCUGAUUAGUUACAUAGAUUGGCGCUUCUAAUAUGGUGUUACUGGUGACAUAGACUAGUGCUUAUCCUGUUGAGGUGUUAUCAAUACUUUUACACUUCUCAUGAUUUCCUUUUUUAUUAUUGUUCAACAAUUUAUUGAUGAGUUUAUCUUAGACAAAGCUUCUAAUAAUUGACAUAAGUUAAAUGAAAAUAUAUUUGUAUAUACUUUUUAAAUAAAUUAAUGGGAUGUUGCUUCAAGACCAAGACAAUUUCCACAAGGCCUUGUUCCUACAUUAAAUCAAGUGAUCACAAGAAUCCCUGAAAAACUA